AUGUAUUAUCAACAAACAAGUAUACAGAUAAAGAUAUUGGAUGAUGAUGUUACAACAUCAUCAAUAUCCAACAAUGAGGAGGUAGUCGGGUCCGACCAACAAGACAAGGUCAACAAAACAUCUCAAGUAUGCUCAAUAUGUUCAAAGCAGUUCUCUUUAUAUAGUUGUCCAAGAUGUUUCAUUGGGUACUGCUCAUCAGAGUGUUUCAAACAACAUAAUGCAAGAUGUACUACACAGUUCUAUGAGCAACAACUACAGGAUGGUCUACGCACAAUGAACAAGGUCGAUCCAAAGGAUUCAUUGGCAUUACUCAAACGAAUGAAACAUAUAUAUGAACGCGAGGAUGAAGCAUUUGAUAGACUCACACGUGAUGACAAUGAUGACUUUGAAGACGACGAAGAUGACGAUGAUGAAGAUGGAGAUGAUGAGCUUGUCGAUAUAUCAUCGUUAAAGUUGGAUGAGAUGACUGAGGAGCAGUUGUUAUCAUUGCUGACUGAGGAUGAGAUUAAGGAGUUCCGUCAAUCAAUCAUUGACGGUACUAUCGCUGACAAGUUGGAGCAGUGGACACCUUGGUGGACUCAAUCAAUCACAACGCCAAAGAUACAAGAGUUGGACGCAACGACUACUUCCACGAACUCGACGAUCCCCACCACAUCAACCAUCCCCGCACUGCGUACAAUAUUCCCAGGCACACCAUCACCAAUGCUCUAUCAUCACCUGGUCGAUAUCAUCUAUUGCUACUGCUUUGCAAUGCGUCGGUUCAAUGGAGAGUGGGGCUCGGCCUCGUUCAAGCCCAAUGCCAAUGACUCGGGACUGAGUGAUGAGCUCGAGACAAUGAUCGAUGAGUGCAAUGUCAUACUCGAGCUCUCGACUGUGCUGCGGAGGACCAGCGUCAAGGCACCACCAAUGGACAGUUUGGACACAGUGCUCUCGCGAGUGCUUGCCAACACUCAUUCAUUCAAACAUCUUGACGUGGCCACCGACGAUGUCUACUUCUCAAUGUUCAUACUCGAGGAUGUCUCGCAGUUGUUGAAGCACAGGGGCAGAGUGCUGGCUGCGCUGUCCCAUCUCCACAGGCAUCUGUCGUCCAUCGAUCAUGGUCUUGGCGCGCGUGCCACUGAUGAUGUCGAUCAAUCAUUCAAACAGAGUAUCCGCUUCGCAACACAAAAGCUCUGGUUCUUUAUGGCCUGGUGCAAUGAACAGCCCGACGAACCAUUCAACAUGCAAUCAAUCUGCGUUCAACAAUACUUCAAUCGACAACGUCGCAUUCACACUCGUGAUGGAGCGCCGAGCACAUCACGGUCAUGA